CUUUUUGGACAACAACAAAAACAGUUCAUACAAUAUUUCUUAAAAUAAGUGAAUUAAGUAGUAACAAGUAUGUCAACCAAAUCAUUCUUUGCGAUUUUUAAAAGACCCUCAAUAUUGUGGCCAUCUGCAAUAGCUACAAGCUUUGGAAUAGCAUUUAUAAUCAAAGAUUCGCUGCAAGGCGAAGUCUUUAAGAAUCCUAUAAGUCAAGAGGGCAAAGUAUUUAUUGUGACUGGUGCAAAUACAGGAAUUGGCAAAGAAACAGCAAGAGAUUUAGCAAAAAGGAAAGGAACAGUUUAUAUGGCAUGUAGAAGCUUAUCAAAAUGUGAAGAAGCAAGGAAAGAAAUCAUAUUAAGCUCAAAGAACAAGAAUGUCUAUUGUCGUGAGCUGGAUCUGACGAGUUUUAGUUCAAUUAAGAACUUUACUAAACGUUUUAAAGCUGAGCAAAGUAGACUAGAUGUGCUGAUCAAUAAUGCCGGUGUUAUGAGAUGUCCAAAAUUAGUAACUAAUGAAGGAUUUGAAAUGCAAAUUGGAACCAACCAUUUAGGUCAUUUUCUACUUACACACUUAUUAUUAGAUUAUUUAAAAGCUUCAGCACCUAGUCGAAUUGUAAAUGUAUCAAGCAUAGCACAUACAAGAGGAGAAAUUAAUACUGGUGAUUUUAAUAGUGAAAAUUCUUAUGAUCCAAAGAAAGUUUAUGAAAUGUCAAAGCUGUGCAACGUCUUAUUUACAAGAGAACUCGCUAAGAGAUUAGAAGGAACAAAUGUCACUGCUAAUUCUUUACAUCCUGGAAUUGUUGACACAGAACUAAUGCGACACAUGGGAGUUGUGAAUUCAAUCUUUGGAAAAGUCAUAGUUUGGCCAUUUUUAUGGAUGUUCUCUAAGAAUCCCUAUCAUGGUGCUCAAACAACUUUAUACUGUGCGCUAGAUCCAAGUUUAGAGAAAGUUUCUGGUGAAUAUUUUGCUGAUUGUAAAAAAACGGAACCAGCUGAUCAAGCCAAAGAUGAUACAAUGGCAUUAUGGCUUUGGAAGUUGAGUGAAAAAUGGUGCAGAAUCGCUUAAAAAGCUUUUAGUCAUGUUAAUUAUAGGAAUAUAAAGUACUUUAAAUGCAAAUAAAAUUUGUCACAUGUGCUUAAAAAUAACGUUUUUAGACAUUUGAUAUGAAAACCAUACAAAUUAUUUCUACGUUAAAACAAUUGUAAGGUUUCUGAGCAUCAGCAUGGC